CAAAAUAGCUAACCCCUCUGGCUUCUGCUUGCACUGCCACGUUAGUAGCGGCAGACACUAAAUCGCAAGCUCCUAAUCCUAACUUCGAGCAAGAAAAUCACCGGCAAAUUGAAAAACUCAACUCUUCAAUCAGAGAAAUUGGCCCCCCACCCUCUUUUUUAUUUUGCAAAGAAACACUCGGAAGGCAAAAAUGCUCAAGUUUUUCAUCCUGUGCACGUUAGCUGUAGCCAGUCGGGCUGAAAUCGCCGAGGAAGACGACGUUCUGGUGCUGAAGAAGAGUAACUUCGACGAGGCUCUCAAAGCGCACCCCGACAUCCUGGUAGAAUUCUAUGCCCCAUGGUGUGGUCACUGCAAAGCUCUGGCUCCAGAGUACGCCAAGGCCGCUGGCAUGCUGAAGACCGAGGGUUCAGCGAUCCGCCUGGCUAAGGUUGACGCAACUGAAGAGACCGAACUGGCUCAAGAGUUUGGCGUCCGUGGAUACCCCACCAUCAAGUUCUUCAAGGGUGGAGACAAGGAGUCCCCCAAAGAGUAUUCAGCUGGAAGGCAAGCAGAUGACUUUAUCAACUGGCUAAAGAAGCGCACAGGCCCCGCAGUCGCCACCUUGGCUGACGUUACUGCUGCACAGACUCUGAUAGCCGACCAUGAGGUGGUGGUCAUUGGAUUCUUUAAGAAUGUGGAGUCUGCCGGGGCACAGGCGUUCGAAAAAGCAGCUGAAGCAGUAGAAGACAUUCCCUUCGGCAUAACCUCAGAUGAUGCAGUUUUCACAAAGUUUGAGGUCUCCCAAGAUGGUGUUGUUCUCUUCAAGAAGUUUGAUGAGGGACGUAACACCUUUGAUGGUGACCUGACCAAAAAGGAAAGUCUCCUGUCCUUUGUCAAAGCCAACCAGCUCCCUCUUGUCAUUGAGUUCACCGAGCAGACUGCCCCAAAAAUCUUUGGAGGUGAGAUCAAGUCCCACAUUCUCAUGUUUCUGCCAAAAUCGGCCUCAGACUUCCAGGACAAAAUGGACCAGUUUAAGAAGGCUGCGGAGUCAUUUAAAGGGCAGAUCUUGUUCAUUUUCAUUGACAGCAAUCUGGAUGACAACCAGCGCAUCCUUGAUUUCUUUGGCCUGAAGAAAGAGGAGUGCCCUGCUAUCCGCCUCAUCACCUUGGAGGAUGAGAUGACCAAGUACAAGCCAGAGAGCACCGCUAUCACCGCAGAGGAAAUUGUUGCUUUCUGCACACAAUUUACAGAAGGGAAACUGAAGCCUCACCUGAUGAGCCAGGAGAUCCCCGAAGACUGGGACAAAAACCCUGUCAAGGUUCUGGUUGGCAAGAACUUUGAGGAUGUCGCCUUUGAUUCCAAGAAGAAUGUCUUUGUCGAAUUCUAUGCCCCUUGGUGUGGUCACUGCAAGCAGUUGAAUCCCAUCUGGGAAAAGCUGGGAGAGAAGUACAAGGACAGCGCUGACAUCAUUGUGGCCAAGAUGGAUUCCACAGCCAAUGAAAUCGAUGCCGUCAAAGUCCAUAGCUUCCCGACUCUGAAAUUCUUCCCUGCGGGAGAAGAACGCAAGGUGAUUGACUACAAUGGGGAGAGAACACUGGAAGGACUCACAAAGUUCCUGGAGAGCGGUGGUAAGGAGGGAGGUGCCCCCGCUGGAGAUGAUGAUGAGGAUGAUGAAGAUGAAGAUGAUGACUUUGAUGCUGAGGAUUUGGACGACUUGGAAGAAGGUCAGGAUGAGGACUCUGACGGCGAGGAGAAUAGACACAUCGAGCUGUAAACGGUUGUGAGAAGAGAGUCCUGCUCCGCCCCCUCCUACCAAUCACCUACACUACCGUCACUCUUUGUUUCAGCCCCAUCCCUCUCCUGAGACCAUUGUGUUCCUUGUCUAGCCGUCGGUCAGUCCACCAGCCGGCCCACUACUUGGCCAGUCAGUUUAUCGUUUCAUGCUUUCUCAUUCACUGACAGGUCUUGUUCUACUUGGGGGAAGGGGGCACACAGAACAAAUUUUCACCUCCGUGAAGGUGCUGAUGCCUCUGCAAAGCUCCAUGUCUACUCUUGGCCAGUUUUUUGUAAAAUGUUGGGAUUGAGAUCCUCUUCACAAUUAUUUUUAUUUUUGCGCCUACCCCCAAAAAAAGUACACCUUAGCAUCUGUCAGGAGUCAGUGCACUCGUCGUUUUGGGUCUAAGGGUUUAGUGCGAUUGCUUUUGUAAGGAUUGAUCUCUCAGGGGACAAAUGACCUACCUGUUAUUUUUCCACAAAAAUGAUCCCUCACAGUGUAGCAAAAAGCCCCUUCCCCUCUCCCCUCUUCUCACAUGUAGCUAAAUAUCUGAACAACCUGCCUUCUGUGUGUAACUGGUGGCGGAGUCUACUUUCUUUUGUCCUUGUCAUCCCCUAAAAAUUAACUCCUCGCUUAGCAUGGGGACGACUGACCAUUUUCUAAAAGGAACAAUCUGUUAACUUUUUUGGAGGGUGGGUGGGAACUGGUUCGGGGUGGAAAUUUUGUUUUAUUUAAUUGCUUUAACUAUGAAUAUUGUUUUUUAAUUCAGGACUUUUUUGUUUUGUUUUAUUUGACCAUCGUGCCCAUUUGUAGGCAGUCGACCUUGUUGGGGCAGUGUUGGCACUUUGGACACGCACUCUGGCUGUGGAUGUUUCUCUUUUGGGAGCUAGUUCUGAAAAGUCGCACUGUGUUCAUGCCUCUUGCGAGAUUCAUUGUGGUUACUAAAGCAGACAGAUGUGCGACAUUUAAUGACAAGCGUUUGUUGAUAGGCAGAGAAAGCAGUUGCCAUAGCACCACCCCUCACCCAUACUGUACCCUUUGUAUCGGUCUUCACUCUAGUGUGCGUGUGUGCGCGCGCGCGUGUGCGUCUUGUGGGAGUUGGCGGCAUGAGUAGAGCGAGGUGAUACAAUUGACAUCUGUACAGCAGUGAGGAUACUUGGAGCAUUCCAUCAUAUCUAGAUCGAUGUGGAAAAUGUGAAGUGGUGGCCAAUAAACACAAUCUAAAACA